AACAGGUGAGAGCUACUUUUACAGAUGGCCGCUUACUGGUCCCGACAGCUUCGUCUGCGUGUCGAAAGUGAGGAUCCUGCUUAUCAUGGUUUAAAGAAACUCAAACUAAGGGGAAAAGAACUGUCUGAUCUCCCAUAUGAAGUGUUUUCCUUAUUAGAACUUGAGGUGUUAGAUCUGAGUCCUGAGCGGCAGUCGUGUUUAGCUUAUCGCUUGUCGUACGUGCCACCAGAGAUAGGACGCCUGGUGAACCUCAAGGUUUUGAUGCUCGACACCAACGAUUUGCGAGAGAUUCCUCCACAAAUUGCUCUCCUGCGCAAUCUAGAAAGAAUUGCUCUCAGUAACAAUUCACUAUCCCAACUUCCGGCGGAAUUUUCAAAUUUGAAAAGUCUAAAAAGCUUACACAUUGCAAACAAUGAAUUCGUCGAUAUUCCACUCGAAGUGUGCGAAUUGGAGGACUUAGAAUUCUUAGAUUUUUCAGACAACCAAAUACACAAAGUCCCUGACGAAAUCAGCAAAUUAGCCAAGCUGGAAACUCUCUUGUUGCCUUACAAUAAAAUCAAGGUGCUACCUGAUGGAAUAUGCAGGCUGGUCAACCUCCGAUCUUUGUGGCUGGGGAAAAAUAAACUUAAAUCAUUGCCCAAGGAUUUUGGGAAUUUAGUUUUAUUGGACUGGGGAUUAAAUUGGCACUCGUCUAUUUUAGACGGUAAUCCGCUAAUUUCCCCACCGCUUGAGGUCUGUCGUUUAGGCCCGGUGCAGAUAGGACGCUACUUUAACAUGGCAGCCGAGAAAAAGAAGAGUGAUUCGAUGAAUAACAGUCGCCCAUCACCACCCAAGUCAGAUCCGCCUGCCACGGAAACUGCUAGAGGAAACUGAGACAUUGAAUAUUGUUAUCGUCUGACGGGCCUUUCCUGUGAAGGAUCAAGCUUAAUGGAUUUGCGUCUUAUUCACCCACGGGUACAUUAACCUAGUCAGUAUGGAUGUUAUAGGAUUGAGGCCAUUAUACUUUUUUGUCAUUUUCAUUAUUAGGAGUGUUUUCUUUUGGCUUGUUAUCCCAUCGAUUUCAGUUCCAUACAUUCUUAUCAACAUUUGGAUUACUUUAACUAGUUUCCAAAGACUCGCUGAUCUUUGCGCAACUCUUUAAAGAUUAAAAGAUUACUGUAAGAAAUUGCUCAGUUUUGCCUUUUAAAAGACGGGUAAAAAGACCAACAACAAUCUGUAAAUUAAUAAAGUAAUUGAAUCUAUUCCAAUUGCGUGUAUUGGGA